GUCUCAGUCUCAGGCAGAACCCCCCGCCCGGCCCUCGCCCACUCCCAGGCUCCCAAGACAGCCAUACACUCAGCCUCUAUGACGCUCUGUGGCUAGGCUGGAGGGGGAGGCACGCCGGCUAGGGACACACUGGAAUAUUCACGGUCCCCGUGGCGGCACAGGCAAGCCCCCCACAAGGGACCCCUCAGGAAUGAAGCAGCCUUUCAGGGCUAGAGGGUCUGCAGCCUCCCCUCCUCUCCUUAAAUAGCCAACCUUCCACCCACAGCGGCACGGAGACCACGGCCAGCGCCAACACCCACUGGCUGCAGCUCACCUGCCAGCCCCAGAAGCCUGCCCCCACCUCCAGGACCAGCUGGGAGAGGCUCAUCCCAGGCUCUGCCUCCAGCCACAGCAUGAAUGGGCUCGAGGCCGCCUCCCCAAGUCUGACCGUCAAUGCGUCCCUGGCUGCCCCUGGGGAAUGCGGGCAUGAGACGCCGCUAGAGAACAUGUUGUUCGCCUGCUUCUACCUCUUGGACUUCAUCCUGGCCUUCGUGGGCAAUGCGCUGGCUCUGUGGCUCUUCAUCCGGGACCACAAGUCGGGCACCCCGGCCAACGUGUUCCUCAUGCACCUGGCCGUAGCUGACCUGUCCUGCGUGCUGGUCCUGCCCACCCGCCUCGUCUACCACUUCUCCGGGAACCACUGGCCCUUUGGGGAGAUCCCGUGCCGGCUCACUGGCUUCCUCUUCUACCUCAACAUGUACGCCAGCAUCUACUUCCUCACCUGCAUCAGCGCUGACCGCUUCCUGGCCAUUGUGCACCCGGUCAAGUCCCUGAAGCUGCGCCGGCCGCUAUACGCUCACCUGGCUUGCGCCUUCCUGUGGGUGGUGGUGGCCGUGGCCAUGGCCCCACUGCUGGUGAGCCCGCAGACCGUGCAGACCAACGGCACAGUCGUCUGCCUGCAGCUGUACCGGGAGAAGGCCUCGCACCACGCCCUUGUGUCCCUGGCCGUGGCCUUCACCUUCCCCUUUGUCACUACGGUCACAUGCUACCUGCUGAUCAUCCGCAGCCUGCGCCAGGGCCCCCGCGUGGAGAAGCGUCUCAAGAACAAGGCGGUGCGCAUGAUCGCCAUGGUGCUGGCCAUCUUCCUGGUCUGUUUUGUGCCCUAUCACGUCCACCGCUCUGUCUACGUGCUGCACUACCGGGACGGCCGGGCCACCUGCACGGCCCAGCGCAUCCUGGCGCUGGGGAACCGCAUCACCUCCUGCCUCACCAGCCUCAAUGGGGCCCUGGACCCCGUCAUGUACUUCUUUGUGGCUGAGAAGUUCCGCCAUGCCCUGUGCAACCUGCUGUGUGGGAAAAGGCCCAUGGGCCCGCCCCCUAGCUUCGAAGGGAAAACCAACGAGAGCUCACUGAGCGCCAGGUCCGAGCUGUGAGCCGGGAGUUCACAGCAUCGCCCCCACCCCAGCGGGGGAGGCCAGCUGCAGGCUGCCUCGGAGGACACCUCCUCCCAGAAUUCUCAGCAGGGCCCCUGCCCUCUCUGCCUCCCAGGUCUGAACUGCAAGGUCACCCAGCACAGGGCACAAGGAAGAAACCAGCAACAGGGAUGGAUCAGCCACCCCUCCACAGGGGCUGGGUUGCGGCUCCAGCUCCAAGACAUUCAGUGACCUCAUCCUCAGGAAGAGAGCGAGGAGGCCAGAGGGACACUCCCUGGACAAUGAGGGUCUUUCUUCCCCACAGAGGCUCCCCGUCUCCUUCCCAAGACAGACCAGCAUAGUGCAAAACUCUGCAGAAAGAACCCUGCGGGCAGCCCAGCAAAAGACAGACUUGGGGACGGCAGUGGGGGCGGGGCACGGCGGGGAGGGUGGGAGGGUUGUCUAAAUAUUUCCUUCGAAGCACAAGGUACCCCGGGGUCCCUCUGUGCUGCCCCUGACAAAAGGCUCCUGGCUGAGUGUCGGGGACACGGACUACAGGUCACAGGCAGAGGAACGCCGGGUGACGUCCACACACAUCAGCUCCGCUCUGGAUCCUAGUUCCCUGCUGUCGGCCCAAGCCCAACCCUGACAAUCCCCACAGCAUCUCAGCAGGUAUCCGGUCGCUCCCGGGGCCCCAGGCAGGUUCACAGUGCUUAUGGGCAAUCACGGGGAGCCGAUCUCGGCUGAGCAGCAGGGAAUGAACCUGUCUCCCACUAACCCUGCCCUGGCAGGGGCGUCCUAAGCCCCACUCCCUCCAAGGGGCCUCUGCCGGCCUUGCGUCACCCUAACACAUCCUCUUGUGUGCUUGUUUGUAGCAAUCAUAAACAUAACCGUAGCUUUAA